AUGUUAGCUCUUACUGGUGGUGCUUGUUGGUCCGGUGGUUGUCGCCGAUUUUCGUUUUCAUCAUCAAUAAAAACACCACUUAGCAUGGGCAAUCAAACAUCAUAUGGUUCUAAUAGAUCACCCACACGGCGUGCAUCUUACAGAGCGAAUAUUAAAUUAAGUGAUAGUGGUAAAAAUUUCACAAUGGCAAGAAGAAAUUUUCUACGUGAUAGUCCAAAUGGUCGAGUUGAUAAGAAAAAAUUUCUUGAAGCUUAUGAAUAUUUUUUUCCUGGAGAAAAGGCACAAAUCUAUUGCAAAUAUGCAUUUGAUACAUUUGAUUCUAAUAAUGAAGGAACAAUUCAUUUUAAUGAACUUCUUUGGAGCAUUGCAGCUACAAGCGGAGGUGAUCUUGAUGACCGACUUUCAUUUUCAUUUGAUUUAUACGAUAGUUCGAAGGAUGAAUAUAUUGAUCAGGAGGAAUUUACUAAAAUGAUUACAGUUAUGUAUAAACUUAAUGGCGUGACUGUUGACGAUGGUAAUAAUAAUCCAAAAACACGUGCUGCUACAAUUAUUGCUUCACUUGGUAUUGGUGAAGGCAACAAAUUGAGUAAACAAGAAUUUAUUGAUGGAUGCAAAAAUGAUCCAUUUAUCCAUCUACUACUUGCUCAUAAUGUUUAG